AUGGAGGGCGGGGAGGGACAGGACAGGUCACAUGGUCACCGGAUGUCAGGAUCACAUUUAUCCCUGCACACACAGCGCAGGCGCAGCCGGGUCAUGUGACAGGAAAGUGAAGGAUGACAGGUUCCUUAGGUCCAGGACUAUCGUAGCUAAACAUUACUGAAAUACGCUGGUCCUUGUUAUCAGUGACCGACCAAAGAUGGAGGACAGAGACCACAUGUCUGGGAGGAUAUUAGAUCUCACCCUAGAGAUGAUCUACUGGAUCACUGGAGAGGAUUACACAGUAGUGAAGAAGUCGUCUGGUGAGUGUGUGACACCCCGUGUGUCAGGAGGCUGGAGCAGGAGCCAGAGCCCCGCCCCCGAGGAGCCUCCACCUCAUUCACUGAUACAUGAGCAGAAGAUCCUAGAACUUACCUCCAGGAUCACUGAGCUGCUGACUGGAGAGGUGAGCGCUGCUGGGAAUGCUGGGACAUUAUACAAUAACACCAAGGUAUGAAGUGUCUGGAGGAGAAUUGUAUCAUUGUCUGUGUCAGGUUCCUAUAAGGUGUCAGGAUGUCACUGUCUAUUUCUCCAUGGAGGAGUGGGAGUAUUUAUUAGGACACAAGGAUCUGUACAAGGAUCAGGUCAUGAUGGAGGAUCACCAGUCCCUCACAUCACCAGGUAAGAGGAGAGAGCAGGUUUGUGGAUCUCCUAGAUUCCCCCAUCAUCUGAUCAUCACAUAUAACAAUGGAUUCAGUCACUGUGUUUAUUUCCUAUAGAUGGAUCCAGUAGUAUAAAUCCCCCCGAGAGAUGUCCCCGUCCUCUAUAUCCCCAGGAUUGUAAAGAGGAAGAGGAGGAUAUCCCACUGGACCAUCAGGUCCGUAAUGUGAGAUCCUUACAGGAAAGUUCUGGAGGAACAAUGAGCGGACUUGAAAACCCCAUAUUGGAGAAUGAUGAAGACGGGAUGAGAGACUCCCAUGGACGCCUCCUUUCAUUGUCAUGUUAUCAAUCACAGAUUGAUCACAGAAGAAUUGGACACAGACUAGGAGAACAUGGGAAACAUUUUGAAAAUAAAUCUCAUGUUUUCAUACAAGAAAAAAUUGGCAUAGAUGAAAGACCAUCUUCAGAAUGUGGGCAAUCUUUUGGUCAAAAACCAAGUCUUGUGGAACAUCAGAGAAUUCACAUGGGAAAGCCAUUUUCAUGUCCUCAGUGUGGGAAGUGUUUUAGUUGGAAAGCAAGUCUUGUUUAUCAUCUGAAAACUCACACAGGGGAGAAGUUAUUUUCAUGUUCGGAAUGUGGAAAACGUUUUACACAAAGAUCAAAGGUUUUUCGACAUCAGAGAACUCACACAGGGGAAAAGCCCUUUUCGUGUUCAGAAUGUGGAAAAUGUUUUGGCGAGAAAUCUGAUCUGGUUAUCCAUCAGAGAAUUCACACAGGAGAGAAGCCAUUUUCAUGUCCUAAAUGUACGAAGUGCUUUAUUCAGAAAUCGCAUCUUCUUUCCCAUCUGAAAACUCACGCAAGAGAGAAGCCCUUUUCAUGCUCAGAAUGUGGGAAAUGUUAUACUAAGAAAAUCGGUCUUGUUAAACAUCGGAGAACUCAUACAGAGGAGAAGCCACUUUCAUGUCCUUAAUGGGCCAAGUGUUUUAGUCAGAAUUCAAAUCUUGUGGAUCAUCUGAGAAAUCACUCAGGGGAAAAAUUUAGUUUAAUGUUCAGUAUGUGGGAAAUGUUUUGAGUAAAAAUAGUAUCUUGUGACACAUCUAAUAGGUCAUAAGAAGCUAUGUAUUGGUGAUGGACAAAAUGUAGAAAAUGUUUCAGAAGAAUUUUUUUUUCCCCAUUUUAUUUGUUCAUUUGAAAAAAUAAAAGUAGAAAAUGUGAUAUCGGUUACAAAUAAGAUGCAAUUGAAUGUACAUAAGAAGUAGAAGGGUGUAAUGGGAAGGAGAAAAGUUACAUAUCAAUAAUUAUAUUAUGGAACUUUGAGACAAAGAACAGAAAGCACUGAUCAUUUUAGGUCACAGAGUAAUGUUUGGACAUAGGUAUAUGGCAUAGGUGGACAUAGUGUAUUCAACAUACUGUAAUUACUUAAAGGGGUACUCCAGUGGAAAACCUUUUUAUUUAUUUAAAAAAAAUUU